UGCUAAGCUGAGGACUCCGAGCUUGAGCCGUUGUCAAGGUGACGGGGCCUGGUCCUCCGCUCUAUCCUCGGCCUCUCUUAGUGUUUCUGGCCGGGGGAAAUCUUCAUGUGGGAGGAUGGGGUUAGAAAUAGAUCCCCUGCUCCAGGCUUGGAGCUAUUUUCGCCGCAGGAAGUUCGAGCAGUGCUCUGUGCUGUGCGGCCGUAUCCUGGACAAGGAGCCGUAUGACCAGGCAGCAUGGAGCCUGAAGACCCGAGCCCAGACCGAGAUGGUUUAUGUGGAUGAGAUCGAUGUGGACCAGGAGGGCAUCGCCGAGAUGACAUUGGAUGAAAAUUCUAUUGCACAAGUGGCACGCCCUGGGACUUCCCUCAGACAAGCAACAGCAAAGAAACUUGAGGGCCCGAGUCCCGCAGUCCGACCUGUCACUCAGUCUGGUCGGCCACUCACUGGCUUUGUAAGACCUGGGACCCAGUCUGGCCGGCCAGGUACCAUGGAACAGGCAAUCCGCACCCCAAGAACAGCGCACACAGCCCGGCCAAUCACCAGCGCCUCUGGACGAUACAUACGACUUGGAACGGCCUCAAUGCUGACCAAUCCGGAUGGACCUUUCAUUAACUUGUCCAGGUUAAAUCUGUCUAAGUAUGCACAGAGUCCGAACUUGGCCAAGACAUUGUUUGAAUACAUAUUCCACCAUGAAAACGAUGUGAAGAACGCCUUGGAGCUUGCCGCUUUAGCCACUGAAAAUGCCCAAUACAAGGACUGGUGGUGGAAGGUUCAGCUGGGGAAAUGCUACUACAGAUUGGGCUUGUUACGUGAAGCAGAAAAUCAGUUUAAAUCUGCACUCGUGCAUCAGGACAUGGUUGAUACAGUCCUUUAUAUAGGAAAAGUUUACGCCCGCAUGGACCAGCCUCUGACGGCACUCUCUAUGUAUAAACAAGGUCUGGACCGGUUUCCUAAAGAAGUGACCCUUCUGUGUGCUGUGGCUCGCAUUCACGAGGAAAUGAAUAAUCUGACGUCUGCCACAGAGUAUUACAAAGAUGUUCUCAAACAGGACAACACUCACGUGGAGGCCAUCGCCUGUAUAGGAAGUAACCACUUUUAUACUGACCAGCCGGAGGUCGCGCUGCGGUUUUACAGGCGUCUUCUACAGAUGGGUGUCUACAACUGCGAGCUGUUCAACAAUCUGGGGCUGUGCUGUUUCUAUGCUCAGCAGUAUGACCUUAUCCUAACCUCUUUUGAGAGAGCACUGUCCCUGGCUGAGACUGACGAGGAGGUCGCCGAGGUCUGGUACAACUUAGGACACGUUGCUGUGGGCAUUGGAGACCUGAAUCUGGCUUACCAGUGCUUCAAGCUGACUUUGGCCAAUAACAAUGACCAUGCAGAAGCGUACAAUAAUCUCGCAGUACUGGAAAUGCGUAAAAAUCAUAUUGAGCAGGCCCGAGCUCUCCUGCAGACAUCUUCUGCCCUUGCACCUCACAUGUACGAGCCGCAUUUCAACUUUGCCUGCCUCUCUGACAAGAUUGGGGACCUCCAGAGCAGCUACAUCGCCGCUCAGAAGUCGGCAGCUGCAUUUCCUGACCACGUGGAAAGUCAUCAACUCCUGGAAAAGUUGCGGCAGCAUUUUGCAAUGAUUUGAGCCGAUCGGUCUCUAGAAAGCAUCGAAGGCCAUGUAGAAAAAGAGAUUUAACAUUGACCGUUGGUUAUUGCUCCGGCACAUGGUGACAUGGUUCUGCUGGUAACACGAAUGUAUACAGGAGAUGGUUAGAAAAAAAACAUUUGACCUUUCACUCUGGAUAUAGCGACCACGGCUAUGAAGCAGUUUAUUUUUUUGGUUUCUUUUUUAUGGUUGGUCGUUCAUUUGUUCAUGCUCUUUUGCCCAGCAGAGCAACUGCUGACCAAUGAUGUGUCCCAAAAAUAUAUGGCUCUGCCAUGUUAGGACUUCC